AUGAAUCAAAAAGAAAGGCUGAAAAAGGAUGAUGGAGCUGAACUAGUUGAUGAAGGAGUAUAUCGAAGCUUAAUUGGAUGCUUGAUGUAUCUCACAACAACAAGGCCUGACAUCUUGUUUCCUUGCUCAAAGAAACAGGAAAUAGUAGCACAAUCAAUAGCUGAAGCAGAAUUCAUCGCAGCAGCAGCCACUGUUAAUCAAGCACUAUGGCUUAGGAAAAUUUUGAUCGAUUUGCAGCUAGAGCAAAUAGAGAGCACUAAGAUCCUUGUGGAUAAUUAUUCGAAUUUCUUAGAGAAAAGUUGGGAGUUUGCAGCUCCUGAUUCAGGAGAAGUGUUGUUACGUGUCUCAGGAUCUGCUUUGAAUGGGCAUCCUGGUGGAAGGAUUACUCUAGUUGGACUUGGAUCAUCAGCAUCAUCACCUACUUCUUAUCACAGUUUAGGAGAGGCUGCUGCUGCUGCUGCCAAGUCUGCUCAGGCUCGUAAUAUAGCCGUUUCACUUGCUUCCACAGAUGGACUCUCUGCAGAAUCGAAGAUUAACUCUGCCCCUGCCAUAGCAACUGGAGUUAUGCUGGGGAUAUUUGAAGAUAAUAGGUUUAGGUCCGAGUCAAAGACACCAGCUUUGGAAUCUUUGGAUAUUCUUGGACUGGGAACUGGACCUGAAAUAGAGAGCAAAAUCAAGUAUGCAGAACAUGUAUGUGCUGGUGUUAUACUCGGUAGAGAGCUUGUUAAUGCACCAGCCAAUAUAGUUACGCCUG